UGGUAGUCGCUCUUCCAAAACCUUCAAACCAAAGAAGAAUAUUCCAGAGGGGUCUCACCAGUACGAGCUGCUGAAGCAUGCAGAAGCUACAUUGGGAAGUGGUAAUCUCCGGAUGGCCGUUAUGCUUCCAGAGGGUGAAGACUUAAAUGAGUGGGUUGCAGUGAACACUGUCGACUUCUUCAAUCAGAUCAAUAUGCUGUAUGGAACCAUUACGGACUUCUGCACGGAGGAGAGCUGCCCUGUGAUGUCUGCUGGCCCAAAAUAUGAGUACCACUGGGCAGAUGGAACCAACAUAAAGAAACCAAUUAAGUGCUCUGCACCAAAGUACAUUGAUUACCUGAUGACUUGGGUCCAGGAUCAGCUGGAUGAUGAAACGCUCUUUCCUUCUAAAAUAGGUAAG